GGGUGGGGAGCUGUGCACGCUGCCGGGGGGCACACCAGGGACAGGACACGGAGAGGAGCCAGUGGGACAAGAGCGGGGACCUCCUGGUGACCCAGGGGACUUUCUUCUUCUAGCAACGCUCCUGGGAGGAUCCACGCCAGGAUAUGGCUCCGAAGGAAGCAUGAGAUGCCAAGACACCAACGCUGAUCUGCCUGAGCCCAGCUGGAAAGACAGCCCUUGCCUGCUGCUUCAUCUAAGCUAACACUGGGGACCACAUCCCACCUCCUGCCCAGCAUCCAUCCAUGGAGGUGAACAACAUGUCCUCACCUCCCACACCACCCACACCGACCAGCAAUGGAGAUGACCAGUGCAGGAUAGAUGUCACCGACGUGGCUGUAGACAUUGUCACGCUGCUCAUCUGCCUCUGUGGGCUGGUGGGGAACGGGGCUGUCCUCUGGCUCCUCGGCUUCCGCAUCCGCAGGAACCCCAUCACUGUCUACAUCCUCAACCUGGCUGUCGCUGACUUCACCUUCCUCCUCUUCAUGGUCACCUCAGGCCUCCUCUACAUAAUGGAGAACAUCUCCUGCUCCACUGCUGUCCCCCUGGUGUACCUGAGGUCACUUUUCCUGCUCUCACUGUUCUCCUACAACAUGGGCCUGUACCUCCUGACGGCCAUCAGCAUUGAGAGGUGCGUGUCCAUCCUCUGCUCCAGCAUCCGCCACCCCCAGCACUUGUCAGCUGUGGUGUGUGCCCUGCUCUGGGCCCUCUCCAUCGCUGUCAUUGCUGCAGUGACUUCCCUGUGCCUGUUGCACGAGCAUGAGCACUGCCGGAUGGCUCUCAUCUCCAUGUACGCCCUCAACUUCCUCAUCUUUGCCCCACUCAUGGUCAUUUCCAGCACAAUAUUCUUCAUUAAGGUCCUGUGUGGCUCCCAGCAGCGCCAGCCCAGGAGGCUCUACAUCGUUAUCUUCCUCACCGUCCUCUUCUUCCUCCUCUUUGCUCUUCCCCUCAGCAUCUGGAAUUUCCUGCAGCAGUUCAGCUACACUGUUGCAUCCUCCCAGGUUGUUUUCCUGCUCGCCUGCAUCAACAGCAGCAUCAACCCCUUCAUCUACUUCUUGGUGGGGAGCUGCUGGAGGCACUGCUCCUUGGUGCCCCUCCAGGUUGCCUUCCGGAGUGUCUUCGAGGAGCCAGAAGACCACACUGCCUGCAGCAAUGAUACUACGAUGGACACUCUGGCCCCAGCCUGCUGAAGCCUCUCCACCACUCUGCUUAAGUGCCCCAGGACAGUGCCUGAGAUUUUCCUUAAGUAACCACAAUAAUAAAUGUCUGCAGUAUUUUCCCCGA